CAUGAAGGAGGAAUGGAGGAGGCGCUACUCGCAUAAGGCCCUGCAAAGAAAAGUGACGCUAUGCUGUUAUUGCCGUUGGCAGUAAAUUAGUUCUCAAUUUCUCACUAGGAUGUAGAACAGGAUAUAAGCCGACCAAAAAAUAUCCGAAUCCUUUAAAACAUUGUGUUUUUACCUUCCCUAAAGACGUGGAAUUGAGGGCAAAAUGGAUUGCUGCUGUUGGGCGAUCACAUUGGAAUCCAACUUGCAGAAGUGUAGUUUGUGCACGACAUUUUCUUUCCAGUGACUGUCGCGAAGAUAACAGAAUUAUUGCAGAUGAAUCAGUGAAUUUAUUUGACAGUUUUCGUAAACGUCUUUUGCCAACAGCCAUCCCAUCUGUAAACCUUACACCACAAGAAGAGAGUCAACCAAGGUUACCAACCAUUAGGAAAAGAAAAAUGUUAGAGGAUUCUGUUAUCUGUUCAGCUUCAUCAAUGCCUGUGAAAAGAAAAACAUAUGAAAGAAACAAAUGCCAUCUCAUAAUGCCAGACAGCCAAACAUCGCAACCAGUAGCAACUUUAACUCGAUCUCUCUCUUUGGCAGAGGGGAUUGAUUACUGUGUUAAUGAAAUCGGCCACAGAAACGUAAACUAUGACGAACAACAAGUUGUAAAUUCACCUACCAUGCAUGAGGCUUAUAAUUCUGAGACAGGAACAAGUUGUGAAAUGGAGACCAACGACACACAAGAAGAAUCAAUCUGCGUCGAAACCGAAAACCUGCCUACAAACUGCCCCAAGGUCGAUGACCCAGAAAUUUUCCCACCGACAGAGGUGUGGACCGAACUCAAGCUAGGAGUAUGUAACAUACCUGCUCAUAGAUUACAUUUAGUGGAAGCAAUAGUUGUUGACGGAUGUCCUACGGUUAUCAAGUCAGCCACCAUCGAUUUUCUUCAAGCUACGGUUACAAAAUACAUGCUAGGCAAAUUAUGCGACCAAGCUAAUACUGGAAUAUCCAAUCCCCAAACAUUUUCAACUAUCGCCGAAGCAAACAAAAUGUUGCGAGAUUUUGCAACACAAGAUAGGUGUGUUGGAAUCAGCGAUCCUGCAUUCAAAGAUAUAGUCCGCGUUGCAACUGCAUCACAUCUACAUGAGCCUGAGGACGAUACAAAAAUUUGGAGAGCUAAAAAUUGUCACUUGCUUGCGGCGACAGAUAGCGCCAUAUGUGUUGAAUGCAAAUCGCUUCUGCCUGCAUUGGUCAUGAGCCGCUACCGUGCCACCAAAACAGGAAAAAGUGCUGCGAAUAAGGUGAUUCACGCAUACAAAACUAAAGAAGAACUACAGUAUGCACUUAAUCAGGCAACAAGAAAAAUUAAAGUGCUGGAAAGGUGGAAGAAACGCGCGCUUGCACGAUUAAAGACCCUGAAGGCAGAGGUAUGCAACAUUCGCUUAAAACUGGCCGAAGCUGCUAAAACAACCACAUUACAACACCUCAUGAAGAAUAUGAAGACACCCAUGGACCCCAAGGUAAAAACUUAUCACGCUCCGUCAUGCACUUCACCUGUAUAACUAUACCUUAAAGCGUCCACA